AUGCACGACCUGAUGAAUGCGUUCCGCAAGCACCGGAGAGAGUUCCAGGCGACGCACGGGAGGCUGCCGACCGAGACGGAGCUGGCGACGCGGAUGGGCAUCACCGAGGCCAAGCUGCGCCAGAUCGACUGCAACGCCGCCUCGCGGCUGGCCGACGUCAAGCCGCAGCCGGAGGCGGUGCAGGAGCGGACGAUGAUGCGCGACGACCUCGCCGAGCUGCUCCGCUCCAAGCUCACCGAGCGGGAGGCCUCCGUCCUCCGGAUGAGGUACGGAUUUGACGACGGGCGCGCCCGCACGCUCGAGGAGAUCGGGAGGGGGCUGCAGGUGACGCGCGAGCGCGUGCGCCAGAUCGAGACCAAGGCGCUGCAGAAACUGCGCUCGCCCGGCUGCGCGCAGAAGCUGAGCGACUACCUGGAGGACCAGGUGUGA